AUGGACCCCGCGUCUGCGGCCAUUCGCGCAGUCAAAGCGCUCGACUGCCAUGCCCUACUAGAGCUGCUCGAGAAGCACCCGGCGUUGGUGCGAGAGAAAGAAGGCCACACGCUCCUCGAGGUCGCGCUGCUCGCUGCGAUCGACCGCCUUCCCGUGUCCGAAGAGGCUGUCUACGUCAUUACGUCGCUUCUGCAGCGCCAGCCAGACGUCAAUGUCUCCUCCGACGGCCGCACACCGCUGCACUUGGCCUGCUGUAUCCAGCACGAGGGCAUUGUGAACAUGCUUCUGUACGCCGGUGCAGAUGCUAACGCCACCUACCAAGGUGACACUCCGCUCCACGUCGCGGUCAAACUCGGGUCGAUCGAGAUCAUGCAACUGCUCGUCGAGACGAACGCGGUCAACGUGAACGCAACCGACAAGCAUGGCCUGACGCCACUCCACUACGCCGUCAAGAUGGGCAAGCAGGAACUCAUCGCCAACCUUCUCACCAGCGGUGCCCAUCCAGCCGAUGCGGAUGCGGUCAGGGCGUUGGCGCCAAGCGUGAACGCGAAGAUGGGUGAACUCGUAACCGAGUCAGCUACUCCUGGCGUCAACCCCACAAACAUCUGCGGCGGUCUUUCGGCUAUUGACUUUGCCGCAAGCAGUGGGACCAUAGUGAGUGUGGAGGAUACCACCGUCAGUCAGUCGCGCGAAAUCACAGCAAAGUUGGCGAUUGCUGCCGGCUACAAACGCUCCUACUCGCGCAGUGUCAAUCCCAACCAUGGCGCAGGUCGCUUUGGUAAUGUGAAGCUUGAUGUUGUCAAUGGUGAAAUUGUGGAAAAGCCACCGCUGCGCACUUUGAACAAUGAGCUUUGCGCCUUCUUGACCGCCAAGUCUGAGUACAUCGUGGAGAUGCGCAAAGUUGAAUUUUUGCCGACUGGGCAAUGUCAGCUCUUUCUCGAGUACAUGAACGACGGGACUCUCCGCGACCACAUGAAGAAUUCCAACAAACUCGACAAAGUCAAGAUUGCUCUCGCCAUUGCGCGAGGGCUCAGCGCACUGCACAAGCCAAAGAACCAACAACCCAAUGGUAUUGCCCAAUGGUCGCUGGUCCACGCCAAUCUCAAGCCCGAGAAUGUGCUCUUCAACGAGCAAGGUGAAAUCAAGCUCGCAGGACUCGACCUUUGUUGUGUCGAAUCCACGGUCGUGUCGCGUGACCGCCACUCGGUGGAUCCUUACGUCGCCCCCGAAGUCAAGACCACGACCAAGAUUUCCACGGCCGCCGACAUAUACGCCUUGGGGGUCGUCCUUUCCGAGAUGGACAUGAGCGAACCUGCUCGGAAAGGCAACGGAACCCACGUGCCCGAGUUGCGCUCCGACUGUGCCGAGUGGUACCGCGAACUCGUCCAGUGGUGCGUCGCCAAAGAGCCUCACAACCGCCCCAAAAUCUCCGACGUCAUCCACAUUCUGGAAAACCCAUCGAUAGAAUCGUUGAGAGAUGUCGGCGCCGAGCACCUUGCCCGAGUCAAAGCACAUGCUGCGUUGCAGAAAAUGUCGGAGUUGCCGUUGAAGUACCAGUAA